AUGUUCGACCUGCUAGGCUUUGGUUUUCCACGAUGGCUCUGGAUUGGACGCGUCAAUUCAACAAUCGAGCCACAUGAACAUAAUGAUGACCACCAUAAUGCGGUGAACGCUGAGGAAGUGGAGCGGCUGGUCAAGGAGCGUUUUUUUCACGGCCGUAUCGGCCCAGUGAGAAUCCACCCCACCGUUUUUCGAGUGUCGGAAAACAUUGUCAUCAAGCGUGUCCAGCGCACCUUGGAGUCGUCCUACGAGGUCUGGACGAUGCAGUAUGUUUCGUCACACACCACAAUCCUGAUACCGCGCGUGCACAAUUGGUCGUAUUCAAGCGAUGAGUGCCUCAACAUCGUGAUGGACUACAUCGAUGGUGAAGACCUGCGCACUCUGUGGCCCAAACUCAGUCUGUGGCGGAAGAUCUGGAUCAUAUGGACAAUUCGUGACUAUAUCAAGCAGUUACGAGCGCUCCGUCUGCCUGGCGCGGAUGUUGUUGGGCCCGUCGACGGAACCGGUAAACCGAUUCGUUGCUAUGGAGAACAAUUCGCGUAUUCCAACCCCCCUGGUCCGUUUGACUCUUACGACAAAUUCGUGGAAUUCUUCGAUCAUGCCCGUGCCGUCACCAUUCAUCGAAACCAGAACUGGAAGCCAUGUGGUCCACCCAAGGACGAACGUCUUUUCCCUCAUUUCGACCGAUCCGGAUCACUCGUCUUCACUCACGGCGAUGUCGGUAUGCAAAAUAUAAGGAUAGAUAAGGAGGGGAAAGUAUGGCUACUCGACUGGGGAAUGUCGGGUAUGUAUCCCCCGUGGUGGGAAUACACAUCGUUCAGGAAGUACGAUAAUCGAGCACAAUUCUUUCCGUGGCUGUGGGCGAGAGGUGUACCAUUCAUGGCUGGAUGGUAUCCUGCAGCGGAGAGAUAUAUCAACUCAAUCAGGGAUGGGAUGGACAAUCCUUACUGGAUAAUAGAAUAG